AUUAUUAAAGUGUUAACCCACUUUUGAAGAAAAUCCUGAUUCCAAACCGAUUCCCCAGUCUUACUUAGAAUUUAAUAACACCAAUCCAACCAUAACAUCAGCAACUCAAGAUACAAUUAUAUUAUUUAUUUAACAAUAUUACAAUGGAAAAGCGUCUCUUUCUCUAUCUGUCUGAGCUCAUACUCUUAACAAAGCAAAAACUGGUGGUUGACUUCGCGGCGAGAACAACAACGCUCAAGAGCCAAGAGGGGGUUAUAUGACCUUAUGGAGUGUGGGCUAGUGGGGUCCAUCUCUGGCAUUUAGAAUCUUGUCUACCACAAUACCCUUUGAUUGGGAAUCAUAAAGGAGUCUAAAGAGAUAGGCCAAGAAAUUGCCAGCUUUGGGAUCAGAGGAAGGACACGGUUUCUUUGUUGCUCUUAUGACCUCGCUCCUUCUUGUUGAUGUUUCUGGUUUCUCAGACCGCCUUGUUUUUUGUUAUUUCAGGAUUCACAACAAAAAAAAUAAAUAAAAAGAUAAAAAGAAUACACACCCCCUAUAAAUAAUACACAGUACCCAUUUGGGUAUCUUCAAGAAUCUUCACCAAGUUAUUCUUAUUAUUACCAAAUAAGUUUGGAGACUUGAGAGUGGAAUUGUUCCUCGAACUCAUUCCAUUGAAUAAUCAGCUCAAUCCAGAUCAGCUGUGGAACAAGAUAGUUCUUUGAUUAGUGGGCAGAAUCUGAUAGUGGGACUUUGCCUUAAGGGUCAUCAUGGAUGAUAGUGUUCUAUCACCGGCCCUGGUGCUUGGAGCUCCAUCUGAUACUGCUAUGGAUUUGGACUUCAUGGAUGAACUGUUCCUGGAAGGAUGCUGGUUGGAAACAACGGAUGGAUCUGGGUUCCUAAAUCAGAGUCCUCCUGGUUCUAAUGCCCUCUUUGACCCCUUAUUUGUUUGGCCUUCUUCGGAGACUAACAGUGAGUUGGGCACAAACCCAUCCAAAAGGAGCAAUCAAGACGAGAGACACAAAGCAUCGUUCAAUGAACCUGUGGAGAGGGGUCCUUUGGCUACUGAGUCUUCUCCACAGACUAUGAUUGAUGUUGCAGGUUGUUCUGAUGGAUUGGAAGAUCAAACAUUCCAAGUUUGUGAACCGGGAAGAAGGUGGUGGAUUGGACCCAAGGCAAGUCCAGGUCCUGCUUCUUCAGUGGUGGAGAGAUUAGUCGGGGCACUUGCUCUCAUCAAAGAUGUCAUUAAAGACAAAAAUUCCCUUGUACAAAUAUGGGUACCUGUACAUAGAGAAGGUAGACAUGUACUGACUACUAAUAAUCUACCUUGCGCCGUCUAUCCUAGCUGUCACAAGCUUGCCAGGUACCGGGACAUUUCUGUGAAUUACGAGUUCUCAGCUGAGGAAGAUUCUGAGGAGUUGGUAAUGGGAUUGCCCGGUCGGGUUUUCUCACGGAAGGUUCCUGAGUGGACUCCUGAUGUUCGGUUCUUCAGAAACGAAGAGUACCCGCGAGUUAGUCAUGCUCAACAGAAUGAUGUAUGUGGAACUCUUGCCCUUCCCAUAUUUGAAAAGGGCAGUAGAAAUUGCUUAGGUGUUGUGGAGGUUGUCUUGACAACUCAGAAGAUUAAGUACCGUUCUGAGCUUGAAAGUGUUUGCGAGGCACUCGAGGCUGUUGAUCUAAGGAGUUCAGAAAUUUUAAACAGGAAUGUAAAGGUAAGAAACAUGUACUGCCAAGCUUCAUUACCUGAGAUUCAAGAGGUCUUAAGAUCUGCUUGUGAGACACAUAGGUUGCCUUUAGCACAAACUUGGGUUCCAUGCAUCCAGCAAGCCAAGGAUGGCAGCCGACACUCUGAUGAUAACUACACUUGGUGUGUUUCAACUGUGGAUCAUGCUUGCCAUGUGGCAGAUCUGCAUUUCAGGGCUUUUCAUGAGGCUUGCUCUGAGCAUCACUUAUUAAAAGGUCAAGGCAUUGUUGGGGAAGCAUUCAUGACUAAUAAACCAUGCUUCUCAGAUGACAUAGCUUCCAUUUCAAAGACCAAGUAUCCUCUCUCUCACCAUGCCAGGAUGUUUGGAUUGCGUUCUGCUGUUGCAAUACGACUUAGGAGCAUCCAUGCCGAUGUAGCUGACUUUGUCUUGGAGUUGUUCUUGCCUGUGGAUUGCACGGAUCCUGAAGAACAGAAGAAGAUGCUAACUUCAUUGUCCUUGAUCAUACAACAAUUCUGCCGGAGCUUACGGGUCAUUACAGAUGAGGAAUUGGAGGAGGAAAGUGAAUUUCCAGUCAGUGAAGUUACAGUGCCUUCCAAUUCCAGACCUGGGACGACUGCCUCUCUCACAGAGGUCCGGCAGGGUGGUACUGCUAUCUCAUUAUUCCCAAAGGAAAAACCAAUGGAAGAUUCAGGUGAAAAGCUAUCAAAGUUAGGGCAACUACAAAAAGACUCAAACAAUAAAACUGUUGAGUAUGCUGGAGAUUGUUAUACUAUUGGUGAAGGUAGCUGCUCAAGUUUGGGUGUGGGAAAAACAAGUGAGAAAAGACGUACCAAGGCAGAGAAAACUAUCACCUUACAAGUGCUUCGACAAUAUUUUGCUGGUAGCCUAAAAGAUGCUGCAAAGAGUAUUGGAGUUUGUUCCACUACUUUGAAACGGAUAUGCCGACAACAUGGGAUUAAGCGCUGGCCUUCUCGAAAGAUUAAGAAGGUUGGUCACUCCUUACAAAAACUCCAACUUGUGAUAGACUCAGUCCAAGGUGCAUCAGGUGCUUUCCAAAUUGAUUCCUUCUACACAAACUUCCCAGAGCUAGCCUCUCCAAAUUUAUCAGGGAGCGACCCAUUUUCAACAUCAAAGCGUGAUCAUCCAAAGCCAACAAACAUGCAACCUGAAGGUGGCAUGUUUAGCUCCCAAGCCACUGCAUCAAAAUCUUCCUCUUCAUGCAGUCAGAGUUCCAGUUCAAGCCAGAGCUGUUCCAGCAGAUCACAGCAACAGCCUCGCAUGUCAAAUGUUGCUGGUAACGAGGAUCUGAUGGUCGGGGAAAACUUUGGAGAUGGUAUGCUAAAGAGGGUCAGAAGUGAAGCAGAGCUGCAUGCCUCUACUGUAGAUGUCAGUAAGCCAUUGCAAAGAUCUCGGAGCCAUAAAUCACUGAGUGACCACCACCAGAAGGAGAAUGUUCCCACCUUACCUAGAGAUAACAGCAGGGGAUCACAAGUAGUAGGAGAUUUUCAAAGGGUAAAGGUAACGUAUGGAGACGAGAAAACACGUUUUCGGAUGCAUAACAGCUGGGGAGUUAAAGAAUUAGUGCAAGAAAUUUCAAGGAGAUUCGAUAUAGAAGACAUGGAUCAAUUUGAUAUAAAGUACUUGGAUGAUGACUCUGAGUGGGUGUUAUUAACAUGUGAUGCUGAUCUUGAGGAGUGCAUUGAGAUUUACCGAUCUUCUUCUGAAAGCAACACUAUUAAGCUGUCUCUCCAUGUCUCGCGUCAUCACUUGAGAGGCCCUUCAUGAUUCCAAGACACUGUUUUUACGUAUCAAUGGCUUCACGGAGAAACAGCUUUGUAAACUAGAAAUUGUUCCCAAAAGUGGAAGAGACACUAUGCUGGUUGGAUGCUGUCGAAGACGAGAAGAACAGAGAAAGAAAGAAACAAACAAAAAAAGUAUCCUGGUCUCACUUAGUCAACAUCAAGAUGGUUAAAAAAAUAAAUAAAUAAAUAAAAAAGAGUGGAAAUGUGAGAAUUUUCAGGAUUUUUAACAAAGUUUUUUUUUUUUUUUCCUUUUGACAAGACUUUUAGCAAAGGUCUAUUUUUGGACCUUUUCUUCUUCCCUGUUAGGUUGUACCAUAAGUAGUAGCCUGUCAAUGCUUCAAGUUGUAUAUUAGAAAGGAAUAGGGGCUAGAGGACAAUGGGUAGGAAUAAAUGAUUGUUUUAUUCAAAAUAAAAUAAAGUGGACCCAUCUGUUGUUGUU